AAUGCUUACCGAACCAAAUAUUGAUCGUAGUUUCGUAGAAGAUUAAAUUAAAUUGCUUUAAAGAGAUAUCAAUUGCAUUAUAGAUUAAGUGAGUUAUUUUACUAUUAUUUUAGGAUAGAAACUUAAGAAAAUAAGGAUUAUCAAAACUGUAAGAUUUCUUUAAAGUCAAAUCGAAUGCUUCAGAACGUAUAUAUAUUUUUGAUGCAUAUGCUCUUAAAAAUCUCUUAAGAGUAUUUGAAGACUAAGUAGAAAGAAAUAGAGAAACUGGUAUAAAUAUAGUGUUAAAUUAUCUUGAUCUUCAUGAUUAACAUUUUAAUACAGAAACACUUAGAUUAAUUAUUGAUACAAUUAUUAAUAGACUAAAUCAAUUACCAUUUGCAGAAACCAGUGAAGAAAUUAGAUUGGCAUUAAUCAAAUUAUUACAUCAAAUCUAAGUAAAACACAUUGAUGCUUAUAUAAAUAAUCAAUAAAGAUUAGCACAUAUGAUUGGAAAAGUACUUUAAGAUAAUUUCCCAGAAGUCAAAAAAGUAAAAUAAAAAAUAUAAAUUGAAAGGAUGCAGCCAUAUUUGCAGCUGAAAUUUCAAAGAAAUUACCAAUAGGAGAGUAUAUGGGAGAAGCAGUAAAAUCUUUAAAUUUAAAUAUGCAACAUGCUCAUACAAAAAUUAGAAAGGCAACUGUUGAUGUAAUAUAAUAUAUUUAAUAUUUAUAAGAGUAUAGCUCCUAUUCUAUUAAGCAGAACUAAUGGAACAUUUUUAGAGAUUGUUUUAAAUAAUUUAAGGAAUCUUUCUUUAGAUAAAUCAUCUGAUGUAAGAAAAGGAACUCUGAUUGCAGUUGCUGAAUUAUUAAUGCACUUUUCUAUUCAAAAUCUGAAUAGUUAUGAAAAUAAUCUAAUUCUUAUAUUAAUGAACAGUUUAAGUGAUGAUAGUAAAGAAAUAUAAAAUUUGGCUAUGUAACUAUUAGAUUAGAUUGGGUUAAAAAGAUAAAAAUUAGAUGAAGAAGCAAAUUUAUGAU